AUGGCACCUCAGCCCCCCGCCAACCUGGGGCCCCUCGCUCGGCCUGCACCCAGCCACCCCCUCCCCCUUCCGGACGGUCUCGCAGCCGGGCGGGCCAUCGCCAGGUUCCUGCGCGAGCUGAUGACGGGCUACCACUGGCGCAACGCGACGCACGAGGGGUACGAGGUCGACUUGCCGGAUGAGGCAGUCCAUGUCUCUCUCAGUGCGCUCAUGGCGGUUGACCCUGGCAUGCCCGGGGGAUGUGGGGGUCUUGUGGUGGGGGGAACUUGA